GGAAAUGCUGACAUAACAAACCACAAAUUCAGUCAUUGCUAUAUAUUUAUCGCAUCAUUGCCUCCAACUUCUCAUCAUUAUUCGUCAUUUCAAUCUUCCUUAUCUUACUGUUCUUCGAUAUCUUUUGACUAUAUUCUAGGGCUUUAAUUGGGAUUUUUUCAGCUUUUUGUCGCCAAUGGACGUGGAGGAUGACCCUGAACAUCUUAUUGUUCUUGUUCAUGGCAUCUUGGCAAGCCCAAGUGAUUGGACGUAUGCACAAGCAGAGCUAAAAACGCGGUUGGGAAGAAACUUUGUGAUGUAUGCAAGUUCGUGUAACACUUUCACUAAAACCUUCACUGGGAUUGAUGGAGCGGGAAAGAGGCUAGCAAAUGAAGUCAUGCUGGUUGUAAAGAGGAGAGAACAUACCUUAAAGAAGAUCUCCUUUUUAGCUCAUUCUCUUGGUGGAUUGAUUGCAAGAUAUGCACUUGCUCUUCUUUAUAGUGAUGAUCUGGUUGCUGCUUCAGCUACUACAAACAUCAAGCAGAAAGGAUUAAUUGCUGGGCUGGAACCAAUCAAUUUUAUCACCUUGGCAACACCACAUCUUGGUGUCAGAGGGAAAAAACAGCUUCCAUUUCUAUUUGGAGUUCCUAUCUUAGAGAAACUUGCAGCACCAAUUGCUUCCUUUGUGGUUGGUCAAACUGGUAGACAGCUCUUUCUUACAGAUGGCAAACCCAACAAACCACCUCUUCUACUUAGAAUGGCAUCCGAUAGUGAUGAUGGUAACUUCAUAUCAGCCCUUAGUGCUUUCAAAUGCCGGGUGCUUUAUGCUAAUGUAUCUUAUGACCAUAUGGUUGGUUGGCGUACAUCCUCUAUAAGAAGGGAGACAGAACUUUGCAAGCCUCCUCGGCGAUCUUUGGACGGCUACAAGCAUGUUGUAGAUAUGGAGUACUGUCCGGCUGUUCCAUCUGAAGGUCCUCAUUUCCCUCCUGAGGCAGCCAAAGCAAAAGAGGCAGCCCAAAAUGCACCUAGCAUGCAGAACACAUUGGAAUACCAUGAAAUUAUGGAAGAGGAAAUGAUACGUGGCUUACAGCAGGUCAGUUGGAAGAAAGUUGAUGUUAGCUUUCACUCAGCAUUUUGGCCUUUCUUAGCUCAUAACAAUAUCCAUGUAAAGAAUGAAUGGUUUCACAAUGCUGGAGCUGGAGUAAUUACUCAUGUGGCGGACCACAUAAAGCAACAAGAGAAGCAACAGGAACGCCCCUUAUUUAUUACUGCUAGUUUGUAGCUUAUGC